CUGUCCGCUGUCCGCUGUCCGCUGCUCGCUGCUCUUUCUACAACUCAUUCUCUGCUCCACGCUCAUCUCUUUCUCUGACACCGAACCUCACAUCCGCAAACAUGAAGGUCGCAAGAACACUCAUCCAACCCAUCCGGUCCUUGACUGCCGUUCCGUUUGCCGGUGUUAAACCCAGUCUGCGCAGGCAGAUCAGAGAUUUCAAUCGCAAUCGCUGUCACUUUACACGCGUCAAGCCCAUCGAACCACUCUCCAACAGCCGAUCCCCCUCUCCAUCUCGAACUUCACGAAAGCGCAAACAGUUUACUCCUGAGCGCUUUGAGAGACAAUACGAGAAGCUCGACCAUCUCGUGCCCCUGGACGCCAACCACUCCAAGUUCCUGAGUGACUUGGCCGAGCCGAGUUUAUUCCUGGAGAAGGACUUCGACGCUCUGCAGGAGGUCGAAGAGGCACGACGUCCUCUCGACGAGGACGUGUGUCGGACGCAAUUGGCCGUCGAUGACACAAUGGAGGUGGACAACGACGACAUUGUCAUGGCCGAUGAUGAAGAGCCGGAGGACGUAGAGAUGACCGAUGCGUGGCAACCACCGCAUCUGGUUUAUUGGCAAGGCGAAUGCCCGCCACCAGAGUUCUUCUUUCCUUUCCCCCCUCCCCCAGCUGGAGCCGACAUCCUCCAGCAAGCGAUAAAGGCCGAGGGCCUCGUUUCGACUGUCGCCUGCAAUGAGGUGACGCCUGAGCCGCCGACGAAGGAUGAGGUGAUUGAAUACUUCGAGAACCUCGAGCACAACAUUGCCAAUGGCAUAUUGCCACCCAACAUCGCGACAGAGGCGAUGGACCCUGCGCAUCCUCCAGCGGCAACGCUGAGAGAUGAGAAGAUCGGCAAUGAGCAUGCCGAGGCGGAGAACAACGUGGCCUCAGAAGGAAACGAGCGAGAGCCUGAGCCUGGGCCAAUAGCUCCUACAGAGUCGAAAGCGGCGGAAUCGCCAGUCAAGACGAAGACCGUGUCCCUGAGUCAUGUCCCCGAACAAUAUCGCGGCUUCUUGGAGGAGGCAGUGGCUUUCUCUGCUGAGCAGAAGAAACCACCUCCAGAAUGGUGGAAAUCCAUUGCGCUCAACAACAGCGAAAGAGAGAAGAAAUAUAUGAAGUGCGAGGUUCGCAGUGUCGAGCAAUACGCAGCCUGGCCGCCUCACCUACAGGUACAGCCACAAUUCCAUUGUCCUGACCCAAAAAGUUCAAAGGGAGAGUUCAACACACCAGCAAGCUGCCGAUUAGGGCUUAAACGCAAUAAAGAGGAACGGCAGCGUUUCUCUGAGAUCCGAAAGAACCAUCCUGAAGUCUGGGAGGCAAUUAUCGGCACGAUGUUGCAAGAGGGUGUGAGCAUUGACAGCAUGCUCCUUUGCCACGAAGCGAAAGACGAGAAUGGAAACACCAUUGACCUCCGACCACAAGUGCUCGACAACCAAAAGUGGUGCGUGGACAAUUGGCGAUUUGACAGUCUGAGCUGGCACACAAUGCAGGACGCUCCUCUGCCCUCUAACUGCUCUCCGGAGUUCCACAAAGCUCCGAAGGGUGAUGAGCGACUGUUUCAUGAGACAAUUGGAUAUCUCAAAAGUCACCCCGAGAUCUGCUACGUCUUCCGCAUCCUCGUCUCAGAGUGGCUCAAAGUGGAGGCGAACAAAGCGGCUUUCCGUAGGAUUGCGCGCAAGGCAGGCUGGUGUCCAGCUGCCGAACACCAACUCCAGCGCGACUUCGUCAAGUGGGUCUUCGCUGAUGCCGACGCAACAUCCAGAGAGAUCUUUGAGCUGGUCGAAAGCCAUUUCCCUGACCGGUAUCCACGGUUCUUUGCAGCGACUAUUGAAGAGGAGGGAAUUGACUAUCUUUGAAGGGAAGGCAGAAUCGCGAAGGAAGAGGAGGCUUCGAACUGCGUCGACGGGAGAAUGGGGAGGUCGUGACAUGGGAGGAGAUCGGUAGAGGUAUAAAACCUCACCGGGGAGGGAAGUUGGGAAAGACAACUGCAGGACGGCAGGGUGGUGGAACAAUUCUGACAUGAUGGAGAGUGUGGUGGAGGCUGCGCCUGAGGAUUACGAUACUGAAGGCAAGGAAAGGGUUUCGUCUCGACACAAGAGAGAGGAGUUGAAAAGCGUUGCGAGGAUAGCCAUCCCAAGACCAGGUCACGUCGACCAGGAGGCUCUUUGUGACAGUAUGCUGAGGAGAUGCAACAGCUCUGAGACAUAGCUUGGCUCUCACGAGAAUUGGACAGUCAAUU